AUGACAGUCCCUUUUCGGUAUACUCCUCUCAAGCCCGGUGAGAUCCGACUGCUUCAUCACUCUAUUCGUGAUGGAAUCGUUGUAUGGGCUCUCAAGACUGUCCAGAUACAGGAGCAAGGCCCUAAUGCAUCAGUAGAGUUCGACGCGCUUUCCUACACAUGGGGCGACCUUGGCCACACCUUUCCUUUUCGAUGCAACGACUCCGAACUCCGGAUCCACGGAAAUCUGAAGAAUGCUCUGCCCUAUCUCGCUAGGCGGCGCUCGUCUCUGCCGCUAUGGAUUGAUGCCGUUUGUAUCAACCAGUCUGAUGGGGAAGAGAAAUUUGUUCAGAUCAACAUGAUGCACAGCAUCUACCGUCAGGCAACUCAAGUUUGGGUGUGGCUGGGCUGUGACCCGGAACAUGGAGACGAAGCCAUUUCGUUGCUACCAAAGGUCAGCGCGGUAGCCAGAGAGGUCAUGAGUCAAGCCUGGGAAUUCGAUCAGGCCUCGCCUGUGGACAAAGGCUUGCCGGCAUUUUCCUCGCCACAAUGGGGUGCUGUGACCAAGAUCAUCAACAACAACUAUUUCUCCCGGCUGUGGAUCGUUCAAGAGGCUGCAUUGGCGAGGCACAUCAGAGUACUGUACGGAGAUGGGGAGAUACCAUGGGACGUGCUUGACGAUGCCGUGCGGAAUGGCCCAGAUUUGCGCCAUCGCCUUCGGGAUGCCAAUGGCUUCAAGCCUCUCCCUCUGCCUGGCGGGACCGAAGUUGUGUUCGACAUUCGCAAAUAUACCCAAAGCCUUGCUAAUCCACAAGAAGUACCAUUCGCACUGAUGAGGUUGCUCGUUUCUACAACCAGAAAUCAUCAUUGUUAUGAUGCUCGGGAUAGAGUGUUCGGAAUCCUCGGCUUUUUCUCCGGACAGGAUCUCCAGAGAGUCGGGAUAGGUAGAGACAUGGACGCGUGGGAGCUCUACACCAAGUUGACGCGCUUUCUUUUGGCCAACGUGAACCCAUCAGCGAUGAAUUGGUGGUACCUCCUCACUCUUGCAUGGUCCUCGGAGAAGAAAAGGGCGGGCUUACCCAGCUGGUGUCCCGAUUACCACAAUCUGGGCGACAGCCCGACGCAUCCCCAAGAGCUGCUACUCCCUCUUGAGCGACACAUAGCAUCGACUACUGCCAAACAUCAUUAUGAUGCCAGCCGCGGAAAGAGAGUUCCGCCACUGCCAGAAAACCCCCGCGCGAUCUCUGUGUGUGGAAAGAUCUUCGAUACCGUCGAGACAUUGCUUCCCGAGUUGGUUGAUGUCAUCAAAUGGAAAGACCAGCUCACUUCUGUUGAGGAAGGUAAGCAGAGAUUUUUGAGAUUCCAUGCUUGGGAGAAAUCGCUAGCCAAGGCUGUUCUGGGCGACCAGGUUGACAACCUGCCGGACGACCCAACGACGAUGUGCACCAAGGAGGAUGAAGGUCGGGUAAGGUUCACGCUUGACGGGUAUUGGCGAUCGCUUGUGGGCGACAUGACGGAAAGGGUACGCUACACUUUGACGUACGAGACAUACCGGACAUUCAAAGUGAGCCUCGCUCGUUGGGCUGAGCUAAUGGAAAAAUUAGAUGUUGACUUUGACAGUCUUAUUCUACUUCACGAGUGUGCCUUUGCCGGUCCUCUGGACCCUGCAAUAAUCGAGGCUGACAAGGAAGCCAUGGGACUUAUCGGCCCAAACACACCCUGCAUCAAGUACAUGAGUGAUAGUGCUUUUUUCCUUAUGGGGAAAAGGCCCUUCAUGACCUCGAUGGGUCGCUUUGGCUUUGGCCCGUUGAGUCUGCAAGAGGGAGAUAAAGUUAAUCCUGAGGGUGCGAAUUAUCAGAUAAUCGGCCAGGCGUAUGUUCAUGACAUGAUGCAUGGCGAGGUGGAGAAUUUGGGCAUCGAAGAGCAAGACAUCUUGCUUGUGUGA